AUUUUCUCCUUUCUCUCCAUUCUCUCUUCAUCAUUAUUUUUCUUCUUGAAUUUUUCUUACUAGCCAUUGCUAUUUUCAAUAGGUGAUCGUGUUUAAUAAGAACACACAGUCACCGCAACCAUGCCUGCCGGAGGAUUCUCCACCGUCACCAAGAAUGGCGGAACAGAGUUCGAGGCCAAAAUCACUCCGAUCGUCGUCAUUUCCUGUGUAAUGGCGGCAACCGGCGGCCUCAUGUUCGGCUACGACGUCGGUGUUUCAGGAGGAGUUACUUCGAUGCCGGAUUUCUUGAAGAAGUUCUUUCCGGUGGUCUAUCGAAAGACGCAGCUGAAGGAAGAAAUCGAUAGCAACUACUGUAAAUACGAUAAUCAAGGCCUUCAAUUAUUUACGUCGUCGCUGUAUUUGGCCGGUUUAACGGCGACUUUCUUUGCUUCCUACACCACCAGGAAGCUUGGAAGAAGGUUAACGAUGUUGAUUGCGGGCGUCUUCUUCAUUAUUGGAACCGGCCUUAAUGCCACCGCUGAAAACCUCACGAUGCUCAUCGUCGGCAGGAUCUCGCUAGGCUGUGGGGUUGGGUUCGCCAAUCAGGCAGUACCACUGUUUCUAUCGGAGAUAGCCCCAACCAGAAUCCGUGGAGGAUUAAACAUACUAUUCCAGCUUAACGUCACUAUAGGCAUUCUCUUUGCAAAUCUGGUCAACUAUGGCACUGCCAAAAUACAGGGCGGGUGGGGUUGGAGGCUGUCGCUGGGUUUGGCCGGAAUUCCCGCCGGCCUCCUAACUCUAGGGGCUCUGAUGGUAGUGGACACUCCCAACAGCCUCAUAGAGCGCGGCCGUCUGGAGGAAGGCAAAGCGGUGCUUAGAAAGAUACGUGGGACUGAUAAUGUGGAACCAGAGUUCUUGGAGUUGGUAGAGGCCAGCCGUGUGGCUCGAGAGAUAAAGCACCCUUUUAGAAACCUCCUCAAGCGAAGGAACCGCCCCCAGCUCAUCAUUGCUAUUGCCCUGCAGAUAUUUCAGCAAUUUACAGGCAUCAAUGCGAUUAUGUUCUACGCUCCAGUCCUAUUCAACACACUAGGUUUCAAAAGCAGUGCCUCAUUGUACUCGGCCGUCAUCACCGGAGCUGUCAACGUCGUCUCCACAGUCGUAUCAAUCUACUCCGUCGACAAAAUCGGCCGCCGAAUGCUGUUGAUUGAAGCUGGAGUACAAAUGUUCAUUUCCCAGUUGGUGAUCGCCAUAAUUCUAGGCAUCAAAGUUAAGGAUCACUCGGACGAUCUAACCAAAAGCUUUGCAAUAUUAGUCGUGGUCAUGGUUUGCACCUUCGUCUCUUCAUUUGCAUGGUCAUGGGGGCCAUUAGGAUGGCUGAUCCCAAGCGAGACAUUCCCAUUGGAGACUCGCUCUGUCGGCCAAAGCGUGACUGUUUGUAUCAAUUUGUUAUUUACAUUCGUUAUAGCUCAAGCCUUCCUCUCGAUGCUUUGUCAUUUGAAAUUUGGGAUAUUCUUGUUCUUCUCCAGCUGGGUUUUGAUUAUGUCAGUAUUUGUGUUGUUCUUGCUGCCAGAGACUAAGAAUGUACCGAUUGAAGAAAUGACAGAACAAGUUUGGAGACAACAUUGGUUUUGGAGGAGAUUUGUAAGCGAGGAUGAAAUUGAGGGAAAGAAAGUUGGUGCAAAGUAAAACACCGAUGGUUUUGGACCUUCCCUCGAGUUGUAAUGCUUUAGAGUGUGUUUGGUCCAAGGAGUUUGGGAGUAGGAGUUCUAAAACUCUACUCCUUGUCUGGCACAAAGAGUUUGUAGGUCCCAUUACUAAAAAAUAUAAUUUUAUUCCUUAUCAAUUCCUUGCUGUGAGUCCUAUGAAUUCACAACUAUCUAGACUUUAUAAUUACUUCUAAACACUCCUAUAUAGUUUCUUGAA